GGGGUGAGAGAGGAGGUGACUCUCCUAUCCGGCAGCAUUUAGACACAACGAAAGGAUCAUGGCGGAUGGCCCCAGGUGUAAGCGCAGAAAGCAGGCGAACCCGAGGAGGAACAACGUGACCAACUACAAUAAUGUGGUGGAGGCCGGAUCCGACUCCGACGACGAAGACAAGCUGCACAUUGUGGAGGAGGAAGGCAGCGUGGCAGACGGGGCCGACUGCGAUAGCACCCUGCCUGACGACGAGCACCCCAGGGGGCGCUGCUGGGACCAAGUGAAGGAAGACUGUGUGUCCGACGCCGAGGACGAUGGCAGCACAGACGCCCUGGUGGAGGAGAUGCUCCAGCAAGGAGACACGGCCGUCAUCUACCCAGAAGCCCCAGAGGACGAGCUGCAGCGGCUGGGCACGCCUGACGCCAGCGUCCACGACGAGAACGGAACUCCAGACUCGUUCUCUCAGCUGCUCACCUGUCCCUACUGUUCUCGGGGGUACAAACGGUACAGUUCCCUCAAAGAACACAUCAAGUACCGCCACGAGAAGACCGAGGACACCUUCAGCUGCUCCGAGUGCAGCUACACCUUCGCAUACCGUGCUCAACUGGACAGACAUAUGACGGCCCACAAGGCUGGGCGGGACCAGAGACACAUCACACAGUCGGCAGGCAAUCGCAAAUUCAAGUGCACUGAAUGUGGCAAAGCAUUUAAAUACAAGCACCAUCUGAAGGAGCACCUACGCAUCCACAGCGGUGAGAAACCAUAUGAAUGCUCCAACUGCAAAAAGCGCUUUUCCCACUCAGGCUCGUACAGCUCCCACAUCAGCAGUAAGAAGUGCAUCAGCGUCAUCUCAGUGAAUGGCAGGCCUCGCAUAGGGAACCCCAAAACCCAGGCCCAGGGGCCGUCGCCGGUCCUGCCCUCAUCACCGUCAGUCCUCCGUACUCAGAUCAGGGAGAAGCUGGAACACAGUAAGCCCCUACAGGAGCAGCUGCCCCUCAACCAGAUCAAAACCGAGCCGGUGGACUACGAGUACAAGCCUACAGUGAUGACAUCUCCGGGCUUGGCCGGAAUGAACGGGGGGGUUUUCAACGGAGGCGCUGCCGCUCCACUGCAGGGCACAGUCCAGGCCGUGGUCCUGCCCACAGUGGGGCUAGUGUCUCCCAUCAGCAUCAACCUGGCAGACCUGCAGAACGCUCUCAAAGUGGCAGUGGAUGGUAACGUCAUUCGACAGGUGCUGGAAAGCAAAGGCCAGGGGCAGAUGAACUCGGGGUUAACCACUGGAACGCUCCACCCACCGCAGCAGCAACUCAUCUCAGCCAUUAGUCUGCCUAUUGUGGGUCAGGAUGGAAAUGCAAAAAUAAUAAUAAACUACAGUUUGGACCCUAACCAGGGCCAGCUGACAGCUCAAAACCUGAAGAAAGAACCAAUGUCCCCGGGUCAGACGACCACUGAGACCUUCAAGUCACAGAAACUUCCAGAGGAUCUGACUAUCAGAGGAACCAGGGCCAAUGAGACUAAAGAAGAAGAGGGAAAGACCACUAAAACUUGCCUCCUGUGUGAUAACUGUCCCGGUGGCCUGGAAGCACUCCACGCCCUCAAACACUGCAAGAAGGAUGGUCUCAGGCUGAACGGAGGAGGUCUGGAUAAGUCUGAUUCUGCUGUUGCUGCCCUGCUGUCAGAGGCAGGACUGGUCAACCAGCCCAAGAACCUCCUGUCCCUGCUCAAGGCCUACUUUGCCUUAAAUGCAGAGCCCACCAAGGAUGAGCUAGCUAAGAUCUCCGACUCUGUCAGCCUGCCGAUCCACGUGGUCAAAAAGUGGUUUGAUAAAAUGCAGGAGGGUCAGAUAUCACUGGGUGCUCCGACACCUCCGUCUGAGGAAGACGACGCUUGUGAAGCUAACAGUGUGGUGUCUCUGGUCCCAGGAAAGGACAUGACCACUAUGAGUCCUUCAGUGAGUCAGGACAGCCCUACAGAAGCCACCCCAGCAGAGGUCAACGGCGCCCACAGCUCGCCGGCCUCCCCCUCACCACUAAACCUGACAGCUGGGGGUCCCAUCCCAGCCCCGUCCCCCCAGAGCACUGAGGGACCCCUUGACCUGUCAUUGCCAAAGUGCACCAGAGAUGAAGCGGAGAGGGUGGUAAGUAAGGCUUAUAUUAACCCCUCCGCUGCCUCUGGCUCAACCAAUCAGGAUGAACCCCUGAACCUAACUUGCACAAAGAAAGAGGCCUCGCCACUCUCAGCCAUGGGCACCAGCCCCGUCGCACUGUACGCCAGCCAGACAAGUGCCAACCCCAUCAACAUUGUGACCACUCAACUUCCCACUCUAGUGGCAAUCGCCGACCAGAACCGCAUGCAGUGCCUGCGGGCCCUGACCACCACCAACAAACGGACUAUCCUGAUCCCCCAGCUGGCCUAUUCCUACACCACUACAGCUAACAGCCCUGCGGGGACCCAGACGCAGGACAUGACCAUUCAACUCAACGGAGUGAAGGAGGAGAAACUAGAGGACGGCGUGUCCACUCUGGAGGAGCAGAAUGACUCUGACUCCGCCCCCCCGAGGAAGAAGAUGAAGAAGACGGAGAGUGGCAUGUACGCCUGCGACCUGUGCGACAAGAUCUUCCAGAAGAGCAGCUCUCUGCUCCGACAUAAAUACGAACACACAGGGAAGCGUCCUCAUGAAUGCGGCAUCUGCACCAAAGCCUUCAAACACAAACACCACUUGAUCGAACACAUGCGUCUGCACUCGGGGGAGAAACCGUACCAGUGCGACAAGUGCGGGAAACGCUUCUCCCACUCAGGCUCCUACUCGCAGCACAUGAACCACCGCUACUCCUACUGCAAGAAGGAGACGCAGAGCCAAGGAGAAGGAGGAGGAGGAGCGGGAGGAGGAGCCGAGAGCCCUGAGGAGGCGGAGCUGGAGGCCCUGAACCAGGUCCAGCAGGGACUCCUGGUCCCCUUCCAGCUGGACUCUGACGAGAGGGGCAGCAGCACCAGAGAGGAUGAGGAGAGCGAGGAAGAGGAGGAGGAGGAGGAGGAGGAAGAGGAGGAGGGUGCCGUGGACAUGGAUGACAUCCAAGUGGUGCAGAUAGGAGAUGAAGGUGGAGAUGAAGAGGAGGAGGAGGUAGAACGAGAAGGGAUGGAGGAGAUGAGGGAGGAAGAAGAGGAGGAGGAGGCAGACACCAGGCAGGAGGAGGAGCAGGAGGAGGAGCAGGGGCAGGAGGAGGAGGAGGAGGAGGUCAGGAGGAGCAUUAAGGAAACGGAGGAAGAGGAGGGGGUCGACACAGAGGAGGGAGGAGGAGAACCAAACAGGAACAGUGUCUGUGAAGACGAGGAGCAGACGGCGAAGGACGGAGGAGGAGGAGACAGAGACUGAAGGAGCAGCCGGGCCUGGGGCGAGCUCUCCUCCAAUCACAUUCAUCCUCUGGUCCAGCCACGCCCACAGAGGAAGAACCCCAGGAGCCCUCCAGGUGUCUGCUUCAGUUCACUACUGUGUAGAAAUCCAGGUGUGCCUGAAAAAUACUAGUGACUUUUCCACAGGAGAACCCUUUCUCAGUGUUAGAAAGAAAAAACAUUUGUAAAGAAAAAAAGAUGAAGACGAACAGAAAUUUUAACAAAACGAAGGAAAUGCAUUAUACAGACUUUGGAAGCUAGAGCCGACACGUUUUAGAUAAUGUUUUAUUACUAAAACACCUUGGGUCAUUUGUUUUUAUCAGUGUUACUAAUUUUAUCACUCAUAUUUUAACCUUUAAAGCUGUACAGUUGGGAGAUAUUUCUAUACCUUUUUAUUGCCAAUGAACAAAAAAAAGUCAGUAUUUUAUUAAGUUGGAAGGAAAAUAAGAACAAUUGUGUGCACUACAGUGGCUUGGUUUACCUAUUGAACAGUUGAGUUGUGUCGUCUGCCCUUCAGUAUUAGCGCACUAGCAGCACCACGCUAGCACACGUUAGCAUUCCACUUCUGCUGUUUGGGAUCGGAGCCUUAAGAAGAAAAAAAAAAGAUACAGUUCCUUUUUCAUUUACAGUCCAGUGCUUCACAUCAUCAGAGUGAGCAGAAAGGGGGUGUCGAAAACUGUAUUAACCUUCCAGCCCCCCACCCCACCCCCCCACUCCGAGCC